AUGGACGUUAAACCCGCUGUGUACCAAGCUCCUCUCCAAGGACAACCCGGAAUGAACGCCGCUCAGAUGCCGCCGAGAAAGGUCAAGUUCAGCGUCGGCAGGGACUAUCAGGUGAUGACUGUCAUCGGCGAGGGAGCUUAUGGGGUCGUCGUUCGAGCCGUUCAUCGAGCUAGCGGGAGAGAGGUCGCGAUCAAAAAGAUCUCUCCCUUUGAUCACGUCCUCUUCGCCCUUCGGACCCUGAGAGAGCUGAAGCUUCUGAAGUACUUUUCCGAGCAACAAGUCAGCGAAAACUUGAUCACGAUCCUUGACAUCUGUAAACCGAAAUCGUUCGACGAAUUCAAGGAAGUCUACGUCGUCCAGGAACUACUGGAGACCGACUUGCACAGGGUCAUCAGGACUCAAGAUCUGAGUGACGAUCAUUGUCAAUAUUUUGUCUACCAGACUUGUCGAGCUCUCAAAGCCUUGCACUCUGCUGAGAUCGUCCACCGGGAUCUCAAACCUUCCAACUUGUUGUUGAACGCCAACUGUGAUCUAAAGGUCUGCGAUUUCGGUCUCGCCAGGUCUACCCAGACCGCCCUUCCCAGCGGCAGCAGUGGCAACGGGUACAUGACGGAAUACGUGGCCACUCGAUGGUACCGAGCGCCCGAGGUCAUGUUGAGCUUCAAGCAGUACACCAAGUCGAUCGACGUCUGGAGUAUCGGAUGUAUCUUGGCGGAGAUGUUAAACGGAAAGCCUCUCUUCCCUGGAAAAGACUAUCACCACCAGCUCAGUCUGAUUCUCGAUGUGCUCGGAACACCCUCUAUGGAAGAGUACUACGACAUCACCUCGAGGCGUUCGAGAGAGUACAUCCGCGCGCUGCCUUUCCGCGCCAAGAAGUCUUUCGAGAGCUUGUACCCCAUGGCCAGUCCUGCCGCCAUUGACUUCCUCAAGAAGACUUUGACCUUCGGACCCAAGAACCGAAUGACCGUGGAGCAGUGCCUCUCGCACCCGUACCUCGAGGCUUAUCACGACCCGGACGAUGAGCCAGACGCGGCUCCUCUGCCCCAGGACUUUUUCGAUUUUGAUCUCAUGAAGGAUCAAGUCACCAAGGAAGAGCUUAAGAAGUUGCUCUACAACGAGAUCAUGACUUUCAACCCGGUCAAAGGCUGAUUGUUAGCAUGCUCCAUAACCUCUUGCUAGAUCAUUUCUGCGACUCCACAUCUUAUGACCCGUCACGAUACCGCAUUCUUCUGUACAUGUUCUGGAGCUACGUUGUCUCAUGUUAUAUCUAUAUAUGAUCUGUCGUUGUUGGUCCAAUCGUCAAUACGUUACAAAGCAGCUCGGCUCGACUUUUCUACUGAUCGAUGAAUCGCUUGACCUUUUCGAGCCAGGUCAUGUAUUCCUGAAAGAGCCGCAAGUCGUCAGAAUUGCAGCGAACUCAAACGGACGACGGGGAGCUCUUGACUUACCUUCUGCUCCUUGUAUUCGCAGUACAAGGGGAUGAACAAGGCUGAUCGUGAUGACAAAGUGUCAUGGAUUCAGCAAGCGGGUCCGAUCGAUGGCCAAAGCUACACUAACCCAAGUUUUGGUUGAUUGCUCGCUCGUCCAAGUAGUUCUCGAACUCGGUCUGAACGGUGCUGUCCAGGUGGUCAAAUCCUGGU